AUGCACAUCCACGACGUUCUGAUUGUCGGUGCUGGCCCAGCUGGUCUGGCGGCUGCAGCACGUCUCCGCGAACACACACCAUCAGCGACUUUUACCGAUGAUGAACACCAGAGAUACCAUUGGAUAAAGAAGCAUGGCCGAAAGAUGAAUAUCAAGAAUUACCGGAGGAACAAGGACUCAUUGCCAACGCCGCCUUCAACGCCAUCUAAUUCGGACUGUGGAUGCGAGCAUCAGGAAUCGUCAGAAGAAGCAACGGACAUGCUGGUUCUCGAUGCUGAUGGAGCAGACUGGAUGUCCAAGUGGAAGCGACUGUUCAAAACAUUCCACAUCGACUACCUUCGCAGCCCAAUGUUCUUCCACGUCGAUCCCGCUGACCGAGACGGGCUGCUCGCAUACACGUACGAACAAGAAAGGGACAAGGACAUUAUGGCUUUGCCUAAUAUUGCGGGCAAAGAAGUCAGCAAGCACAAGAAAAAGAAGAAGCUAAAGCAAGGCAGGUUUCUCGGUGGGACACCCGACGUGGACGAGAGAGAUCGAAAAGACUAUUUUACGCCAAAGACGGAUCUGUUCCAUGCCCACUGCAACGAGGUGGUGCGGCGGUAUCGCCUUGGCAGCGAUAUGAUCCGUCAAGAAAGCGUGACCGAUAUAGCAUACGGAGAGAUGGCAAAGUUCGCGGAUGUUGAGCACGAUAGCGUUCUAUCGGAUGAUGGCUCGGAAGACGACCAGAUGAUAUUCCGCGUGGCAACUGACAAAGGCGUCCGCUUCGCCCACGUAGUCAUCCUCGCCAUUGGCCCUGGGAACGCCCCAUCGCUACCCCCUGUGCCCGGCCUACCCAGUGAACGCCCGCACGAAGGUUUCUCCCACGCCAUGCAGAUCAAGCAGUUCCCUGCGCCACACGUCGUCGCCAAGAUCCAGGCUCGGCAAAACACCAGCCUGCUUAUCAUUGGAGGCGGCCUGACGAGCAUUCAGCUAGCUGAUCUCGCGCUCAAGCGAGGUGUAAAUAAAGUUUGGAUGCUGAUGCGCGGACCGCUCAAGGUAAAGUAUUUUGACAUUGACCUGGACUGGGUCGGCAAAUUCCGGAACUUCAACCAAGCUGCGUUUUGGACUGCGGAUACAGACGAAGAACGAUGGGAAAUGAUCAUGGUUGCCCGAAACGGCGGCAGCAUGACACCCCGGUACCGCCGGAUUCUCGACACGCACAUUGGGAACGGUAAGAUUGCUCUACAUACGCACACAACGCUCGAAUCGGUAUCUUGGGACCCUUGUUGCAAGACUUGGUCGUGCGAGACGUCGUCGUCGUCGCAAGCUGGUCUCCCACCGGUUGACUACAUUGUGUUUGCCACGGGCAUCCAGUCAGAUAUCCGCACCAUACCUUUUCUGCAGACGAUCCAGAAACAGCAUCCGAUCAAGUACGUUGGCGGCUUGCCUUGUCUGACUGAGGAUAUGAUGUGGAACAAUGACGUACCGCUCUUUGUUACGGGCCGGCUUGCUGGACUGCGACUAGGGCCCGGAGCGCCGAAUUUGGUUGGGGCCCGAAUUGGCGCAGAGAGGAUCGCGUGGAAUGUGGGGGAUGUGUUGAAGGGUUUGGAUAGGUCGCGACGUGGUGUGGGCGACCAAGGCGAUAGUGAGGAUGGGAAUGAUGAUAUGAAGUCGUAUGCUGCGGCUAGGGAUAAUCGGUUUAGUAGUUUAGUUGGGGUGGAUGAGUGA